AUGAGACUUUGCGUAUUAGUCUUAGCUGUUAUACGGUGCGGCGCUUCAGGGCUUAAAGCCUCAAGCCAGGAAAAUGGGAAAGGGUCGACGUCCGGCAUCGGCGGAAGCGGAUACCCUCACCACUGGCCGGGCAAUACAAGGGCACUGAAUAGCAAUGGUGGAAAUUUCUUUCAUUUCCCAUUUGCCACAGAGACUGAAAAGGAGACCUACAAAGGUAGUUCCAAACACAAUGGGCCCAAGGAGAAGAAUCAGUUUAGCGGCGUCUUUCACUUCCCAAACUCGGGCGCAAAAAGUAUCGAAGUACCUGAAGCCUCCACCAGCAGGGCGAAUCCGACUGGUGCUAUGUAUACAUUUGACAUAGACGAGCCACCAAACUUUGAUGAAUUUGAAACAAUAACUGAUGCACCUGAGUGGGAGAACGACCCAUUCGAGUUUCCCUCUGCCGCACCUGAUUCUAUUUUCGACGCCCAAACUGCUCCGCCAGAGGAUCCCAUAUUUUUCUUUCCGGUGGAUGGCACUGCAGACCAGGAAGACAUAAUCACUCAAGCCCCAAUCGAUCCUCCAAAGGAGCACAUAUUUUUCUUUCCGAUGGAUGGCCCUGAGGAUCCCGAAAAACCCAAUGAUGGUGGCAAUCUCUUCAUUAGUGUCAGCAAUGAUGCGGUUUUGGAGGAAGCAGAAGAUACUCAGUGGCCAUGGAAUACGGGUAUGCCAUCAAUCAUGCUUACCAACACGCCAACUGAAAAUCCUUCGCAUCCCAGUUCGUCGCCAAGCUAUGCCAAUACAGGCUCGCCGUCCAUCAUGCCAUCUGGUAUCCCUUCGGAUUUGCUGUCUUUGGUGGGUGUUCCCUCCAUGGUCCCUUCUAAUGCCCCUUCAGGCAUGCCAUCCAUACAACCAUCCAAUCAGCCAGUAUUGGUUCUGUCAACUGAAACAUUGCCACCAGUUCAUUCAAACGCAACUGACUGUGAAAACUCCACACUGACAGAUGAAAGAGCAGCAGCCACAGAGGUGCCAUCUGUUGCUCCUUCCGAUGUGCCCAGUGAUGUCCCCUCUGUUGUGCCCAGUGAUAUCCCCUCUGGAGUGCCCUCUUCAGUUUCAACCUCUCAGCCAGUCUUAGUGCUCUCUACUGAAACAUCACCUCCUGUUCACCUAAAUGAAGCUGAUUGCGACAACUCCACUACUUCAGCACCGUUGGGUGAGAGAGCAGCACCAACAGACCCACCAUCAUUCUCUCCAUCUGACCUUCCCUCUGAUGUCCCGUCGGAUGUUCCCUCUGAUGUCCCCUCCACUGUUCCUUCUCAUCCUCCUUCUGAUGUUCCCUCUGAUGUUCCCUCCACUGUUCCUUCUCAUCCUCCUUCUGAUGUUCCCUCUGAUGUCCCCUCAAGCGUUCCUUCUGAUCCUCCUUCCGAUGUUCCCUCCAGUGUGCCUUCAAGGGUUCCUUCAUACUUGCCAAGUGAUCUUCCUACUGAUGUCCCCUCUAGCAUUCCUUCCCAAGUGCCGUCUGACAGUCCUUCUGAUGUGCCCAGUGAUGUCCCCUCUGAUGUGCCCAGUGAUGCCCCCUCAGCAAAACCUUUAUUCUUGAACCCAUCCAAUCAGUCAAUACUGGUUCUGUCGCUGCAACAGGAGCCCCAGUUCAUUCAAAUGAACCGACUUGACGCCCCCUCAGAUGUACCCAGCGACAUCCCCUCUGGUGUGCCAUCUUCAAUUCCAAGCUCUCAGCCAGUCCUAGUGCUCUCUACUGAAACAUCACCUCCUGUUCACCUAAAUGAAGCUGAUUGCGACAACUCCACCACCUCAGCACCUUUGGGCGAGAGAGCAGCACCAACAGACCCACCUUCAUUCUCUCCAUCUGACUUUCCCUCAGAUGUCCCCUCCGAUGUCCCGUCAGAUGUUCCCUCCAGUGUGCCUUCAAGGGUUCCUUCAAACUUGCCAAGUGAAAUUCCUACUGACGUCCCCUCUAGCAUUCCUUCCCAAGUGCCGUCUGACAGUCCUUCUGAUGUGCCCAGUGAUGUCCCCUCUGAUGUGCCCAGUGAUGCCCCCUCAGCAAAACCUUUAUUCUUGAACCCAUCCAAUCAGUCAAUACUGGUUCUGUCUGCUGCAACAGGAGCCCCAGUUCAUUCAAAUGACACCGACUGUGAUAAUUCCACACUGACAGACGAGAGAGCAGCAGCCACAGAGGUGCCAUCUGUUGCUCCUUCUGAUACGCCCAGUGAUGUCCCCUCAGAUGUACCCAGCGACAUCCCCUCUGGUGUGCCAUCUUCAAUUCCAACCUUUCAGCCAGUCCUAGUGCUCUCAACUGAAACAUCACCUCCUGUUCACCUAAAUGAAACUGAUUGUGACAACUCCACGUCAGCACCUUUGGGGACAAACUCUAGCAACUCCACCGAUAACGAGGAGAGUGUCUCUUCAGAGAAUCUCCCCCCUGAAGUCAACUUUGCAUCUAGCUACUGGGAGGUUCCUAGUCCAAAAUCUGCUCCAGUAGCACACGCCCUUUCUCCCGAGGUACAUUUUUCAUCAAACUAUUGGACGGGCAAUACACCCGGAAAUAUUCCAAGUGAAGUAUUCGGGAAUGGUGGAUCCGGAUCUCUCUCUCCUGAGCUUCAUUUUGACGCGAAUUACUGGGAUUCUGCACCGUCAUCAUUAUCAUCCUCUGCUCCGCAAACCUUUCAACCAUCACCUCGUUCUCAGAGUGUUCCGGCCGAGGCACAUUUUGCUGCAAAAUACGGGACCUCUGCCCCGUCAGCGCUGUCACCUUUGCCGUAUCCCAGUAGUGGAUCUCAAUCGCUUCCCCCUGAAGUACAGUUUUCUGCGUCUCACUGGAAAAUGACAACUGGCUCACCAACAACGGAUCUCAUGUCACCAGCGGCUACUUUCGCGCCUGACAGUAAUGCUCCCAGCACGACGAGCUACCCAUCUGGCGAACCUUGGCAAGGAGCAACUUCAGCACCAACAGCUGGUAGUAUUCGUCCCACGUUGCAUCCAGAGAAUCAUGUUUUUGUGUUCCCGUCAGCAGUAAAACCCUCCGCUGUGUCCGCUUCCUUGGCUAAACAAAGCUCUGCCCCAAGCACGAUGGAUGCAGAAGAAGUCGCAAUCUACAAUGUCUUGCGUGUGACGCAGUCGCCAAACCAAGCCACGAACACCUUGGUUCUCGAGACUGCCCCGUCCAAACCUCUCGCAUCGAUGACUACGCCUCUAUCCCCUGUUGCUUUGCCGCCUACCGCAACGUUACCACAAUCAACAAACUCCCCGUCCACCGGUCCUCUCGACGAUGAGGGGCCAACGCCGGGACCGACAAAGCAACCGUCCACGGCUCCGACGCAAUCGUCAUCCCCGUCUCCAGCUCCGUCGGUGACAAUAUUCCCAUCGGCAACGCCAUCUAUACCCACGCUUCAGUUCCUGGAGAACCAUUUGCUACAGACGACAAAGAGUGAGUCAGCUCGCCCUCGCGACAAAACCGCAUCUGAUCCGGUUGUCGUUGUAGAGGAAGUGGAAGAAACAAAGAAGUCGGCAGGGGGUACUACUUUGCUAGAUAUUGUGUGUGAACUUUCCAAUCAUGUCUUUUGCAAACACGGUCCUUGA